CGUUUGGGAGGAACUUCAGCCGUCAAGAUCGAAUAAAGUUGAGGCCCAAUUGAAAAAAAAGCAUGUUUGUAUACGCAUUCUUGAAUGCUCAAAAAUGAUAAUCACCAUCACUAAAUAAUAAACACACCGGUUGCAUAAAAAUACCGUACUUAACGCUUAUUAAUGUCAGAAAAUGGACACGGAAAAGUUAGAAGCCAUCAUUUACUAAAAGAUAAAUUGACUUAACUAACCACAUAGUAUCAUCAUACUUUUUUAUUACUAUUAAGUUCGUUUAGAAAGUUUACAGUAAUUUUGAACUCUCUUCGAUGUGUCACCAACUGUUACGCGCAUGCGCGAUGCUUACACCCUUUCAGUUGGACCAGUUAGUUUCGACAAGCGCUCGAAAGCGGACGACGCAUAGUGUGACGUCACGUUAACAGUACAAAGCUACGAGUUCGAUACUUGAAAAAGAAAACGUGUAUUUGAAUAAAGUGUUCGAUUACUCUGAAAGUAGGUUUCAUAUCAACUUUGAAGGUACUUGUUAAUAUAGUUUUAAAGUGAGUUUUUGUGUGACUUAGGAUUCAAAUAAGUGGUUUUGGAUACAAAACUAACUUUGUGGUAGUGUAUGUAUAAAACUUUUGAAGCUGUAAUUGCGUGGAUGAACUGCCCAAAUUCAACACUAAGAUCAAGCUUCAGUGAAAACAUUAAAGGUUGAGGGGCAGUUAAGUGGAGAACUUUAGCGUGAGUUUCUUCGGGCCGCCCGGGAAAGACUGCAGCACCGAUGAGGCUUGUGAAUCAUGAGUGCUUGGUGCUGCAUCGCGAUCAUGAUGUCUACUAUCAGUACCAGCGUUCUUUCGCCGGCGCCGCAGAAGACUGAGGCAAAAGAAGCAUAUGAUCGCCACUACUGGUAUGCACAGGCACAGGAAACGUUACAAAAACGUCUUCAGUACGCAGCUGACAAAAAUCCAGUUGCCAAGAACGUGAUAUUAGUAGUGGGGGACGGCAUGAGCCUGACGACGGCUACCGCAGCCAGGAUACUUCGCGGGCAGCGGCGAGGUCAGACCGGGGAAGACACGGACUUGGCCUGGGACACCUUCCCUGCCGUCGCUUUAGCGAAGACUUACAACAUAGAUGCCCAGACCGGUGAAUCUUCGGCUUGCGCUACCGCUCUGCUUUGUGGCGUGAAGGCACGCUACGAGACCCUGGGUCUAGACGCCGGUGGAAGGUUCAACAGCUGUUCCUCAACGAUCAAUUCCAAAGUUACAUCUUUGGUCGACUGGGCACAUGAAGCUGGUAAAUCAAGUGGCAUCGUGACCACAGCUCGGAUAACCCACGCGACUCCUGCGGCGUUGUACGCGCAUGCUCCGUCGCGGUACUGGGAAGACGACAGCCGAGUGCCACCUACUGUAAGAAAGGACUGCAAGGAUAUUGCCAUGCAGUUAGUAGAAAAUGAACCGGGGAGAAGUAUGAGUGUUAUAAUGGGUGGUGGUAGAAGACAUUUCCUGCCAAAUGUGACACCUGAUCCAGAACAUCCUAAUAGAGAAGGAAGAAGGCUAGAUGGAAGAAAUCUGGCAGAAGACUGGGCAAGAGAAAAGAAGAGACGGCGGUUGAGAGCCCAAUACAUACAUACAAAAGAACAACUUACUAAAUUGGAUCCUAGGACAGUCGAUUACGUGUUAGGUUUAUUUGAAUACUCUCAUAUGGAGUUCAAUGCUGAGCGCGGGGCCGUAGCUGAUGCAGAGGAAGGCGCGGCUGCGACAUCAGCUGUUAAAGCAGAUGACCCAUCCUUAGCUGAUAUGACUAGAGCUGCUCUGUCAAUUUUAACUAAAAAUGACAAGGGAUUCUUUCUACUUAUUGAAGGUGGAAGGAUAGACCAUGCACAUCACUACAAUAAUCCAUAUCGAGCUCUCGACGAAACUUUGGAGUUAGAAACCGCACUGUUGGCAGCAUUAGAGAGGGUUAAUCCUGCCGAAACUUUGAUCGUAGUCACCGCCGAUCACGGUCAUGUAAUGACUUUUGGAGGACAGGCUACACCGAGGGGGCACCCAGUUUUAGGUGCGGAUACCGUAGUAUCUGAUAUUGAUGGAUUACGGUACUCCACGUUGUUGUAUGGGACUGGGCCUGGUCACUCAGAGCCUAGAGCUUUGCCGUUGAAUACUACGGCCUCUGCUGCAGCUUCGGCUGAUGCUGUGCAUGCAGCCGCAGUGCCAAGACAGUGGGCGACUCAUGGUGGAGAAGAUGUCCCCAUUUAUGCUUUAGGUCCCAUGGCAACAAUAUUGUUUGCCGGGGUAGUGGAACAAAGCUACAUACCUCAUGCCAUCGCGUAUGCUGCUUGCCUUGCCCAUCAAUCGAGAAGAUGUCAAGAAAAAAUCAACUUUACCCAACCACCGCAGGAAAAGCCUCCGAACUGCGUACCACCAGAAGUGAGCAGCGUUUCAGCUGCUGAAGAAACUCGAAACGACGGUUCCAGUGGACGUCGCAUCGUGGUCGCUUCGAGUGUCAUGGCAGACGAAAGAGCGCCACGCUCAAACGCUCCGCCUAUGACCACGCGCUACCUAUUAUCAAGAAUGACGUCAUACAUUGCUCGCCUAAGUUUCGUCUUAAUCGUCUUUGUUUUAUAAAUAUAAUAAAAUCAAGUGUAAAUAUUUAACACGCGAACAUUCGCCCACGAAUUUCUGCUAGUAUUAAUGACUGUUUCUAAUAGUUGGGUGUGAACUGUGUUCGGUGUUUCAGUGAUCAAAACCUUUUGUACAGCCAUUGUUGUAAAUACGCGAUCAGGUUGUUUAUAAGAUAAUAUUGUAAAUAUAAAUGGAAUUAUGAUUGCUAUUUAUUUAGUCUUAUCAUUAAAUUAAUUUUUAAAUGA